ACGACUUUCUUAUCAUCAUUAAAGAUCUCUCUCCAUCCAUCUUCUUCUCCAACAUCGAAAAAUGGCUUCUCACUCUUUGACUCUCUUCUCUUCUUCUUCUACAUUUGCUCCCUUCUCCUCUCAUCAAAUUCACUCACCCAAUCUAUCUACCGUCCGUUUCCCCCGACCAAUCAAUACCAAACCCAAUCAUCACUCCCUCCGUUGUUCCGUCUCGAUCGAGAAAGAAGUCCCCGAAACGGAACGACCCUUCACAUUCCUCAGAGACUCUGACGACGAUUCCACUCACUCUUCUUCAGUCAGGGCUCGUUUCGAAGCCAUGAUUAGAGCUGCUCAAGACAGCGUCUGCGAGGCCAUCGAAGCCGUCGAAUCCGGUCCGAAGUUCAAAGAAGAUGUCUGGUCUCGACCCGGCGGAGGCGGAGGGAUCAGCCGCGUGUUGCAGGACGGGAAUGUGUUUGAGAAAGCUGGGGUUAAUGUCUCUGUUGUGUAUGGUGUUAUGCCUCCUGAAGCUUAUAGGGCUGCUAAAGGCUCUGCUUCUUCUGAUCAGAAACCUGGUCCUGUUCCCUUCUUCGCCGCCGGUGUCAGCUCGGUCUUGCAUCCCAAGAACCCUUUUGCUCCGACUCUGCAUUUCAACUAUCGAUACUUCGAGACUGAUGCUCCAAAGGAUGUUCCUGGAGCUCCGAGGCAGUGGUGGUUUGGUGGUGGCACUGACUUCACGCCAGCUUACAUCUUUGAAGACGAUGUCAAGCAUUUCCACACGAUUCAAAAGCAAGCGUGUGACAAGUUCGACCCUUCCUUCUAUCCCCGGUUCAAGAAGUGGUGCGAUGACUACUUUUACAUCAAGCACCGUGAUGAGAGACGAGGACUUGGAGGGAUAUUCUUUGAUGAUCUUAAUGACUAUGAUCAGGAAAUGCUUCUGAAAUUCUCCACUGAAUGUGCGAACUCGGUUGUACCGGCUUAUAUACCUAUAGUAGAGAAAAGAAAAGACAUGGAAUUUACAGAGAAGCACAAGGCAUGGCAACAGUUGAGGAGAGGGAGAUAUGUUGAAUUCAACUUGGUAUAUGAUCGUGGGACGACGUUUGGUCUAAAGACAGGAGGGAGAAUAGAGAGCAUUCUUGUCUCUCUUCCAUUGUCAGCAAGAUGGGAAUAUGACCAUAAACCGGAAGAGGGGACAGAGGAGUGGAAGCUAUUGGAUGCUUGUAUCAACCCCAAGGAGUGGAUAUAGCUUGUGGUGAGGGCUUGAGUGAGUUUGUUUUCAUUGUUUGAGUUUUGAGCAGCUUUAGAGAGAUUAGAGUAUUGAAGAGAUGGAUAAAGGGAUAGUUUGUAAGGUGAUUGUGUAUGUGAACAUGCGUUUGAAACGUUGUCGUUAUGUUUUAUAGAAUCCAAGCUUAAGACAA